AUGCUAAAUGACAAUGAUCGGUGUAAGCGCCCAUAUGUACCUUGAAUUGCAGCCAAUCACGUCCGUUUGACUUCCAAGACGUUGCUGCCUUGAACAUGACCUCAGGCUAUACUAAAGCGAAUACGAUAAAUCUUUCUGCACCUGCUAGUGCAGUAUCGUUUGGACCUGAAAACAAGGUCGCCGUAGGAUCGAUCGAUGGCAGUUUGCGUUUGUAUGAUCUUCCAAGUACCAAGGUCGCAAAGGCGAUCACGAAACUUGGUGACGAAGUCGCUUCGAUUGCAUGGGAAUCUCCCUCUUCCAACAAUCUGUGGAUCGCGAGCGGAAUCACCGCAUUCCUCUUUGACCUGGAAGUUCCAAAGAUGAUCCUAUCUCCUGAUGAUGAUGCUGCGCUGUCUGUACCAUUGGGAGAAGAUGAGGAAGAUGUCUUGAACGAGCUUAGCAUAAGCCCUAGCACGAAAAGCCUAGCGUUCGCCUCAGAUAAUGGUUCCGUGGGUGUGAUGAACCUUGUCACCCGCGAAGUAAGUCGCAUGAAGAAACAACACGGCAGUAUAUGUUCAUCUGUCAAGUUCAUACCUGAUCGACCAACUGAGCUGGUCAGUGGUGGCUACGACUCUGGUCUCCUUCAUUUUGAUUUUGUUCAACGCAACGUUCUAUCGAGCUUUGACAUCACUGCUACACCAACAGAAAAUGCUGUCUCUCUCUCACCUCCCUUCAUAUUGUCUACUGCAGUGUCAUCGACAGGUCUAAUAGCCGCAAGCACGGCAGACGGUCGAUUAUGGCUAGGCACGGGAGGAGACAAAUCACACCCAAGCAACUCGAAACCUGGUAAAAAGCGUACUCGAAAAUGGGAGGGUCUGCGAGCAGAAGACGGAUUAUUUGUUCAAGUGGCUGAGGGUCCCGUUGUUGCCUGUGCAUUUGUGAACGACCAGACAUUGGUCACAUCUACUCUUCUUGGAAAACUGGCACAGCAGUCGAUAUCGUACAAGCCUGCCGGAGCUCUACAGGUUCACACGACGUGGAAUGCGGAAGUUAGUGUUGUAGCAAAGGUUAAUGCUCUCUCUGUGAAUGGACGAUACUUGCUUGUUGGGGGUAUUUCCAAGGACCACAAAGGGGCUGUCGAAAUUUGGAGCUCAACGCAAAACUCAGGCUGAAUAAAAUAUUAAAAGCUGUAUUAAUUAUGCGUGUCGGGAGAAAUGUGGGGUAGCGAUAUGCAAAAUAUCCAUCUGUCUGAAUGGUCUACUGGGCAUUAGAAGAAUCUAGAUUGUUACUUUCCGGCU